UUCCGCAUCCUUAUCUUCCGCAGUGUUCCGAUCACUUGUUAUGGAGAUGGGAACCGAGGAGCAACUAGAAAUUCCAGAUCAGUCCAUCGCACAGAAUACUGAGGUGUCAGAGUCGCGACCGCAUACCGGCGGCCAACGACCCAAAUGGGUCGCGUACUCUGCGCCACUCAUCAUUCUGCUCGCCUUCGUGGUCACCAUGGUAGCACUGUCAAACACCUUCCAUCAGUCUGAGGCCGUCAGCACGACUGCAGAGGAAACCGUCGCCACCCAGCCGAGCUACAUUCCGAAACAAUAUACCAUGAGACAGGGGCAGGUCAAAACCGCGGCCCUUGACGAUGAACCAGCGAAGAGCGUGGCCUCGAAGAGAACCAAAAAUGUCACGACGAAGCACACCCGGCCCGCGAGUCCCACUCCGUCUCAUUCGGCGCGUGCGUCCCUGCGUGGUGCCCUGGUGUGCACCGUGGGCAUUAAGCUGAACCGGAGCGUGGCGCUGCCCGAAGACGGCCUGUGCGACUUCACAUUCUUCGACUCGCUGCAGCGGAACGGCCUGAACGAGCUGGGCGGCCCCUUCGAGGAGAACUUCCGCCACUUCGCCGAGAGCGCCGCCCGGCACACGAACACCGAGUACGGUGCCGGAUUCGACUACCACGCCUUUGAGGAAAUGGACGAAAUUCUCUCUGACCCCGCUGCUAAGGGCCACCUGAACAGCCUUUGGGACCAGAGGAUCUUCCACUUUGGAUACAUCAACACUCCAUAUUCAGAUUUCUCGCACGAUAAGUUCACGCAACUGAUGGAAAUACUUAAGACCGUGUCGUCACUGAUGCGAGACAAGAGCACCGCCGAGCGACCCUCAUUCACCCUCUUGGUGGCCGCCAUGCACAGCGACCUGUGGAUCAAGCACGCCACGCACGUCUUCAGGGACACGUUUCAGCCAGACGCCGUGGUGCUGGUGGGCCACUUGUCCAGUCGAAGGAGCGACGCGGAGAGCUGCGAGAUACUGCCACCGACGACGCUGGUGCACUUUGCACGGCACGCUUCUCCCAGCUUGAGAGACGCGCACGAGACGGUUCGCAAGCUGGACUCGCGGGGCAUCAAGGCCGCACUGUUCGUGUCACUGGCCAUGUUCGGGCGGUGGUACAAGCCGCGCUACCAGAACUUCGAGUCUCGAGACCGAAGCGGUUCGCUGCGUGGUUUCGCUUUCCUGCAGAAGUGCAGACACGACUCCGGCGAUGUGCGCGGAAGCCACGUCCAGGUGUGUCGCGACUCGGCCUACACCAUCGCCUACCACGAAGAGGAACCCCAGGGCGCCGUGGCCUACAGUGAGGGAGCGGGAAAACUGCUCGCGUAUGACAACCCUGAAUCACUGAGGCGAAAGCUGUGCGCUUGCAGGGACAACGUGACGGCAGUGAAGUACGGCUUCACCGCCUUCAACGUAGAGUACGAGGACGCGGCGAACCGUUGUGGUGAAGGAAGCUUCUCUCGCCUAAGAGCACUCAAGGGUCUGCUGAACGCCUUCGCUCGCCCCAAUUCGCCCGAGGAGGCCGAGGGGUGCUCCGCGCAGUCCGCACACGUGACAACUGCUGCGCAACGCUCUGAAAAAUAGAAAAUAGGAAACAUGCUCGCUUUCGUUGUGAUUGAAA